AUGAUACAGACAUCUAACCAGAGGGACUGUUUGCUUCAGGAGGCCUACUCUGAAAAAACAAAAAUGCUUCAGAGAAAGUCUGUAUCUGUUGGAACUAAUGUAACUACUUUAACCGGAAACCGUCUUACCAUCAAGAGUGGAACCAAAGAAGUGGUGGUGGUUUUUAUGAAUUCUUCACAAUCUGUUGGGUGCGGAGGACAAACAACUGAAAAUAAUCAAGAACAUGAAAUUCGUGCAACAACAAAGUCAGUUCCAGCUGCAUCAACAACAACAGCACCUAACACUGUCGAUGAGCGAUUUCUUCUCUCCAACAGACAAGAAAUGCCACUGCAUUCUACAUGUCAUACUACAGCGAAUGAAGCCAGUAUCAUUAAUGAAAGUAUUUCCUGUGAAAAUAAUUCCACUUUUAAAAUCAGAGAUGCAAGUGGAGAUCAGGCGAAUGAUGAUAGUUAUCAUCAUUCCUUUCAGAAACUUGAGCGACCCAUGCCUAUAAUACUCCAUGCGCACAGACCACUUUUAAGUGCUACUAUCAAUGGACCACAAACAAGUAUGGCAGUUGGUGCAAAUGGUGCAGUACUGGAACAAAACACAAUCUCAUCUGAUGAAAAUGCAGUUGACAAUAGAAGGGAUCUUGUUCCAAUUAGAGAGAGUUCUGCUCAAGGUUUUUCAAGAAACUUUAAUACCAGUGAUUCAUGCAAUGGUAGCACCGAGUACCAGAAUAGUGGACUACAGAUGCAGUUUCCUUCUUUGGUACAGUCAUCUGCUUACAGAGAAGAUGCAGGUGUAAAUGCAAGAACUUUGCUGUUUGAAGAUCCAGCAGCCUACCAGUAUGGACGACAUCAAUUAAGCUCUGAUGAAGACCCUGUGUCUGAAGCUCAUUUCCAAACACAAAUGCCUUUAAUGGGACAGCAUAGCCUUUAUGGAAGACUACCAUCAUAUGGACAACAUACAUUACGUAACCCAUACAGAGAUGAAUUCAGUGACGUAGCACGUGAGCCUGCAUAUCAUGUACAUAGAGAGCCCAUUGGAGUUCUUCGUUGUCGAAGUUACAGUGGGCAGUAUGCCUAUCCUCUUCCUCAGCGAAAUCCUGAGAGAGCUCAUAGAAGAUCUUUCCUAGAUAUGAGACCACACAUUUAUCGUCGAACAGCAUAUCCAGAACAACCUUUUUAUGGCUAUGUUGAUGGUGGAAAUAUGUUUUUCAUGAAUAGAUACUAAAAUAAUUUUCCACUCAGGAACAUCAUCUACAGUAAGCAAUGUGAGAAAUAUCUUUCCCUUUUGUGAAUGAAAAGUAAAAAUGCGACUGGUGCUGCUGCUGUUAUCUAGUUACUUUGUUGGUUUUAAUGUGUGUUAAUUAUUUUUGUUAGUAAAAUAAAAAUCUACAUAUUGUAAAUGUUGGUAAGUUGGCAUUUCUGUCUUCUCAGGUAACCCAUCUGUGUCAGUUACCUACAUUAUAUUAAUUUCAACUGAAUGCCAGUGCUCAACUUCUUAAAUAUUUUAAUUAUUUAAUUUAUCCACACUUUAAGUCUAGUUAAUAAUUUUGUUUAAUGUGACCAUUGUUAUUCUGGCAUAUAAAUUAUUCCAUGGAGAAAUCUGAAAUAUUGCCCUCAACUGUAGUUCUGAAGCACUUUAGUUCCUAAAUUAUUUAAUAUUAAUUUCAUUUCAAUCAAUAGAUCCUAAAUGAAUUUGAAUGCAUAGUUUGUCUAUAAUUUGUUCUAAUUGAAUGUUUACAUAUUUAAUGGAAAUGAUUCAAAUAAUUUUAUUGUAUUUACUUUUUAAAAAACUGAUAUAUUAGUAGAAAAAACGUCUUCCAGCAAACAGUUGUGUUUUAAUUUGACUUCAUAUGUACUUUCCUCUUGACUCUUACAAUCAUCCAUUUAAUUAAUAUAACAUGUAAAUGAAAAUUUGCAGAUACACUUUUGUCUGUGGCAGGACUGUAUGUAGAAUUAUUCACAGCUACAUUAGUAUUUUAAUACAAUUUAUUGUUUCACAUAUUCUGGAAGCUCUGCUACAUGUAGCUCCAUUGUCACAAGAGUGAAUCCUUUUUAUGUUUGUUCAUCAUAAGUUUUGUAACGCAAUUAGAUAUUUAGCUUUCACAACUUGAUUUUUAUCUAAGCUUUAUAUUCCACAUAUACAGUCUCAUUUCUACAGAAAUUCAUAUAAUAUUUUGUG